CACACACACACACAUAAAUUGCUCCUAACAUAUCCAUUGGCUGGAAGCAGCUGAGUGUGUCAGCUGGUGUCUCUCCAAGGUGAGUUGCUGCAAGAAUGUAAACAAACCAGAGUGACCAGCAUGGCUUCCAACCUCUUGUAAAGCUGAGAACAAGAGCUAGACAGUCAGUUCUCUGGGCUCAUCAAAGCUGAACAUAUAUUAAUCAGAGGGUAAAUGAAGAAAGUGUUGGCUCUGUGCUGAAACAGCUGAGCUAAUUUUGAUGCGUGAAUAAUCCUCAAAUUGUUGUGUUUAUUUCAUUUUCAUUUCGAGUCUCUUGGUCUUUUCUAUUACCCUUCUCUUCCUGCUCUCUUCUGUAACCACUGGAGUUGGUCUCCCUGAGGCUAAGGUAUGGCAUAUAUCCACACCUUGCCAUUCCCAAUUAACGCCCACAUUUCACUGAACAAAAAGGUUAUUAUACUCUCCGGGUCUCUGCCUUGAUCCCCAAAUAAAGUUAUUCCAAGCCAGUCAAAACACCUCUUGCAGGCUAGGAUCGCGUCAGUCUCUCCUCCUGCCGGCAGGUUACACGGUGACUCCCCCGUCUCUGCGCACAGGUGACUCCCGGGGCAACGAAGACGCGCUCUGCGGGACCCGAGGAGGAAACACCGGAGGUUUCCCUCACAGCUCUGGCAUUAAAUUCUAGUCACGUUCGCGAACAGGGCAGGAAUUAGAUCACCGUACAGGUCCCUGAGAAGAGCCCCAGUCCUCUCAGUUCGCCUCCACGCCUCCCACUCGGCUUCCUAUAUUGUCUUCUUUUCUGUUUCAUCGCGCUUUAUCUGUUCAAACUUGAGGACAGCAUGACAGGAGGACCGAAAGACGGCGAGGCAGAAGAGGAGUUUCUGCAUUCGCCGUUCAUCAGAAAACAAGGGAACAUAUACAAACCUAACAACAAAGACAUGGACAACGACAGUCUGAACGAGAAGACAAUGGAGGAUGUCCACACCAAGGAGAUCGACCUGGUCAACCGGGACCCAAAGCGCAUUAAUGACGACGUUGUCAAGGUAGACUUUGAGGACGUGAUUGCUGAGCCCGCAGGGACCUACAGCUUCGACGGCGUGUGGAAAGCCAGCUUCACCACCUUCACCGUCACCAAGUACUGGUGCUACCGGCUGCUGACGGCGCUAGUCGGCAUCCCCCUGGCGCUGAUCUGGGGAAUCUUCUUCGCCAUUCUGUCCUUCAUACACAUCUGGGCGGUGGUGCCGUGCGUCAAGAGCUACCUGAUCGAGAUCCACUGCGUCAGUCGCGUCUACUCCAUCUGCGUGCACACCUUCUGCGACCCGCUGUUCGAGGCCAUGGGCAAGUGCUUCAGCAGCAUCCGGAUCAGCACGACCAAGGAGGUGUAGCACCCACAAGGGGGAGGAGGAUUAACGGAAAGAGGGGAGGGAAGAUGGGGGAGGGGGGGGGGCACACAGAUGGAGGGAAAAGUCAGAUUAGGAAAGAAGAAAAAAUUGACCUCUGGAAAACGAGAAGUGAGACUUUUCCAGAGCUGGGCGGAGGUUGUUUGGAAGUGAAGGGGCGUGGUCACAUGGCACCUGACUCUGCCUUUUUUCCACCAGCUGUUUUUUUUUUUCUCUCUCUCUCUCCAGUGUUGGUGUAACCAAAUGGGUGGGCACAGGAAAUCAAAGGGUCAUUCUCCAGGGGUUUCUGUCGUUUUGUUUGUGUUCUCUUGUUUUUUUUUGUUUUGUUUUGUUUUGGUUUUUUUAAUUCCUCGCUGUUAAUUUUGUCAAGCAAGCAAUCGAGCUCCAUAUCUGUUUCCUGUUAGUUUUUACCACAUGAUGUAAAUUCCUUCCAUUCUUCUGUGGAGAGCUUAUCUCUUUGAUUGAUUCACGUGAAGAGGGGGAUGUCAGGGUGUAUCACUGUCUUCUCUCAUGCUUAUUUGUGUUUUUUUUUUUUUUUUUUUUUUGGAGCCGUCAUACAGGGCAGGACAGUGGGACGUCGGGGGGGUCAGGAAGGGUCGACGCAGAGAGAAAGAGUGAGCGCUGCCAAAUUCUAUCUGACUCAGCAAAAAAACAAAACAAAACAACCGCACGGGCCCAACAAGUGCGGCUGCACGACUCUCUCUGCCCCCGCAUGACCUCCCGCCCCGCCGACACAAGCCGCCCACCCCCCACCCCUUCGCCCCGGCUUUCCAGCAGUCUCACACACUGAACCUGCCCUCGUUCCUGCAUGCACCUGCGUCGCCCUUGCCAGCAACUCGCCGUCCGCCACCACACGCCACACAGCGCCACGAUGUUAUGAAUGAUCUCAGCUCAGUCGCUCUGUGCAUCAGCUUACUCACUUCGCCUCCACCUUCACCACCAUUACCCUCACAAUGACACGAGUGUGUGACAGAGAAUGUUAGCAUUUUGAAUUUUGCAAGAACUUUUUCCUUUUUUUUUUUUUUUUAACUCCCACGUGGGUUUUUCUGACCAAUUUAGCUUUUAAAACAUUGUCAGUGAAGCUCAAUGCCUUUUUAAUUACUCAUCACCGUAGCUCCACAGUGAAUGCUUCUUUUUUUUUUUUUUGUUUCUACACUAUGAUAUGAAGAACUUCGAGGGGUUAACUUCCUGUAUGUACUGUAUGGGUGUUUAUGCAGAAAAUGAGACUUUACAGGAUGUGGCCUCAAUCCAGUGCACUAAUCUCUGGGUAAGUAUUGUUAGUGAACAGCACAUGAAGAUCUCCCUUACAUAUCCACAUAGGGCUGUAGAAGACUCACAGUUGCACACACUGCACGUAGGAUGUGCAGUGUGUGCAGAACUUGUGUGGAGAUUCUUUCCUUACACACUGUGGUACUUACACAGGUUAAUGCAUUGGAAUUGGACAAUGUGAGGUGGAAUGAGUGAUUUUAGAUUGAUUUUUUUUUGUCAUCUGAUCAAACUUUGCACCCUCCUUUAUUUUUGUCUCCUUUUUUUUAAAUCCCUCCUAAUUUGUUUGUUCUGCUGCCCCGGCUUCUCGACUGUGGACACGAUGCUGCAAAAGCAUCAAAACUGACGCCUCCCAGCCCAGAGAUGGGUGAAGGGGGAGCUGGUUGGGUGGGGUUUUCUGAAAUGGGGUGGGGUGGGAGGGGUUAUGUUUUGUUGAGACAUUGAGCUCGCUUAAACUCCGUCACCUUCGGUCUACCUGCUGUCUUCUCACAGGGAUGGUAAUAUCAUAGCACCUGUUCUUUGAAUUGAGUGUUUUAAGCUCUAAAGGUGAUAUUUUUAUAAGAUUUUUUUUUUCCUUCCUUGCUUUUAUUGUAUAAUAUCACGCUGUGCACAUUAAAGUUUAAUAUAAUCCAG